CCCAAUCGAAAAUUUCAAAUAAUAAAUUUCACCUCCUGAAAAUCUCUCUCAAUACGCGCCGUUUCGAGCUAGGGUUUCUGCAACACCAAGAAAACCCAAAGAACCAAAGAAACAAGCUCAGCUAAACCUAGCUAAGUCCUAGACGAAGCUCAAAACCCCAAAAUUGGGAGCUUCAAAUGGAGGAUUACGCAGAACAAUCUCAUUUCGAAGACGACCAAUUCGCUUACAAUGGCGAAGAAUAUCGCGAAGAUUUUGAAACCCUAGACCACCGCCACCACCACCAUCAGCGGCGAGAGCAAUUCGAUUCAGAGCGCGGUUUUGAGCCGGAAGAUAAUAUAAAUAGCUCAGGCAAUGAGAUAAAGCACUCAUCGAUUGUGGGUCACCGUGACUCUGCCUCUCUAGGAAAGCUUUUUGUUGGAGGCAUUUCGUGGGAGACCUCUGAAGAUACCUUUGCUAGUUACUUUGGUCAGUAUGGAGAAAUAACAGAUUCUGUAAUUAUGUUGGAUAAACAUUCGGGAAGACCACGGGGGUUUGGAUUUGUAACAUUUUCUGACCCAACAGUUGCUGAUAAGGUUUUGGAGGAUGAGCAUGUUAUAGAUGGUAGAAUGGUUGAAGUGAAGAGGACAGUCCCUAGGGAGGAUACAGACUAUAAGGGGGUAUCAAAAACAAAGAAGAUUUUUGUUGGUGGAAUUCCACCAUCUUUGACCAAUGAGGAGUUGAAGGAAUACUUCUCUUCUUAUGGUAGUAUUGUUGAUCACCAAAUUAUGGUGGAUCAUAAAACUGGGCGGCCUAGAGGCUUUGGUUUUGUCACUUUUGAGAGUGAAGACAGUGUUGAAGAAAUUUUUUUGGAGGGAAAAAUGCAUGAACUUGGAGGCAAGCAGGUGGAAAUAAAAAAGGCAGAACCCAAAAGAGCUGGCGGUGAUUACAGGGGCAAUGCUGCUAAGUCAUAUGGUGGUUUUGGUGGUGGUGCAGCUGGAUAUGGAGGGUAUAAUUCCAGAGGUCGGGGUAGUGGAAAAAUGGACAGGGGGUAUGGUGGGUAUGGUGUCUAUGAUGCAUAUGGCGGUUAUGGGGGAGGCUAUGGUGGAAGUUCUGCAAGUUUCUAUGGUGGCUAUAGUGGAUAUGGAUAUGGAUUUGGGUAUGGUGGGCCCAUGUAUGGAAAUGCUGGAUAUGCUGCUGCCGGUUAUGGCAUUCCUGGUGGUUAUGCUGGUGCUGCUGGAUAUAGUGGUAGUCGAGGAUAUGGAGGAGUUGAUGGCGGUGGUGGUUAUGACAAUGGCAAGGGAUAUGAAAGGACUGGUAGUUCUGUGUCUGGAAGAUACCAUCCUUACAGAAAGUGAGAUAAAAUGGAAGAUACCAGUCUUACAGAAAGUGAGUGAAAAUCUCCUUACUUCAUAUUCUGGAUCAACAUCUGAUAAUGAUUGGAGAUUUCUUGGUCUCUCUCCUCAGAAGCAACUGGAGACUAAUCAGUUUCUUCUUGGAAGACAAAAAUGGAUUUAUUUUUCGAAAGUGGAAGCAUGUCUACUUCUUUGAACAUUUCUUGAUAGCUGCCCGAAGGGGUCAAUUAAAUGUAUUGUAAUUGUGAAAAGAAUUCGAAUGGUAGUGUUGAAUUUGCUAUACUUUGGUCUUCAAAAACUGUUUCAAUCAGAAGAUUAAUCUUUAGAAACUUUAA